AUGAGCGGGAAUGGGCAAAGUGACCCUUUAAUUCCUCAUGCGUCGUCGAAUGUGAACCUCCGCAUUUCUGAUCGCAUUUUCAACACGAUAUUUUCAGUCUUAUAUCACGCGCGAUACAUAAUAGUAGCAUUCUGGUUUAUUACGUUCUUGGGGUUGUGUUACCCAGCCGUCAAGUUCAUGUCAUCUACCACACUUCUAAUACAUCCGCCUAAAGGGACGCCAUCAUACAACGCCAAUAAAAUCGUUGAAGAGAAGUUUCCUGAUUCUAUCGAGACAGGGCAGAAUGUCAUCACCAUAAGUAGAAUAGACAAUACAACAGUAUUGACUCAAUACACGGAGGAUCUGUCGAAACAAAUCAAAGUCUGGCUUGACCAACAGCCUGUUGUACUUCACACAUUUGGGUACUAUUUACUUCCCGCAUCCAACACGACUUAUUUGGACUCUUUUGCUCUUCAAAUAGCGCGACAUGAAUUUGUGGGAGAAAAUGGCGAUGUGACCAUAAUCACUAUAGGUACUGACGAAAGACUUUUCAGUGAUAUCCCACGAUUCAUUAAACACCUUCGUAAAGAACUCGACACUUUAAACACCGACAGUGCACAUUACUAUGUCGGUGUCACUGGAUUUGAACCAGCAAGUGUCGACUUACAAAGUGAGAUUAUAGUCUCUCUCUUUAAGAUGGAUGUCUCUGUGAUCCCAAUAGCUUUUGUGAUCUUGUUGUGGGUUAUUAAGUCACUUCCCUUAAUGAUUAUACCAUUGUGCACUAUGAUCACGUCAUUUGUGUGUUCUUUUGGAGUCAUGUUUCUGUUCACAUUUGCAUUUAGUGUGUAUGGCAUUGCGCCUGCUUUAAUGGCUUCGUGUGUGAGUGCCAUGUCGAUUGAUUAUAGUCUUUUUCUUUUGACUCGAUUUAGUGAAGAGACUUUUGUCGAUCAAAGUUUCUAUGAAGCAGUUAAAAACACAUUACAACACGCUGGAAGAAUCAUAGCCACAUCAGGUGGCCUGAUCACUCUGUGUUUUGUGUCGCUAUGUUUCUUCCCUAUUGACGUCAUUUUCAGUUUAGGGUUCUCUGCAGCACUCUCGAUAUUUUUUACAGUAAUAAUUAACUUAACUUUGACGCCAUCACUUCUUAACAUGUUUCCCGUCUUCUUUUCAAAGCGUGGGUUCAUUCCUUGUAUUAAAAAGUGUCAGAAUUGGGCCGAACAGAAAGAACGAGCAUAUA